UAAAAGGCAGCGACCGUGACUCGGGAGUACAACACCUGAAGCUGACAGUCAGUCGGUUUCAGUGACUGGGGAGCAACAACAUGUGUUUCUGGGGAAGAGAGAUGGAGAAAUCAGUGAUCACCCUGAGGACAGUCAUCCUCGCCCUGUGCAUCUUUGAGGCGCCUGUUGGAGCUGAUUGUGGCACUGAACUGGGAGAAAGCAGCGGAUGUCCAUCGAGCUGGACCAGUCUGUGGUACGUAUGGUUGAUUUUGUUGACCAUCUUUCUGCUGUUGGUAUGUGGAGUAAUGGCCAGUUGUGUGAAAUGCUGCAGAAGAACUAAACCCCAGGUCCCCACUUUCACAACUAGACCUUAUGAAGUUACAGUGAUAGCCAUUGAUAAUGAUAGUACCAUUCACAGCACUGUAUCACCAAACAGUCCAUUGCAGUACAUCUCCACCAAUAGGAAUGGCAACACCUUCCAGGAGGCCAGCAGCAUCAUUUUGCCACCUCCACCCUACAGUCUAUAUGCUAUUGAAACGCCUCCACCCUAUGAAAUGGCCCUAAAAAUGGCCAAACCUGUUGAGACCCAGAACCCAAAGAUCCUGGAAGAGAACUUGGAAAGGAACGAUGAGUCCAGUCCUACAGCGGAAACAUCCACGGCCACUUCAUCAGUGUUAUCAUAGCAAUCAACACCUUUUUACUAAUUGACUCAAAACUUCUUCAGAAUUUUUUUUUGUUUUUUUUAAAAAUAUUUUUCGGAGCUAUCUGAGACCGACAGAGCAAAUGUCUUCCUCUGGUUCCAAAGAGAACUGUUUAUAGUGACCGCAUCUUGCUUUAAGCGAGUGAAACAUUUUUAGCAAAUUGCUGCAGAACCAACUCCAUUACCAAGUAAUGACCUUUGUUCAAUGUGAUUUGGGUAUUUCGCUGUUAAUGAUAUUCUAUGGCAAUAGGAUUACAUCAAUCUGAAUGUCUCAAAGUUAAGAAAACAUGACCUUGACAAAAGAUAUUUUGAACAUUCUAAUGUGUGUCUGACUCCAGGAGAAAGGGUUUUGAAAAGUUCCCUUUGUACCAUCGAGUGGUCUGGUGGAUAGUUCUGGAUUUCAAAAGGCAAAGGCAGUAAACCAUGCUUUUUCAGUGAAACCUUUAGUAUUCAUUAAACCUUAUACUGUCAACUUCAUUGGGAAUUGGACCUCUUCAAAUCAAAAAAUAUUCUUUGUACUGUUAAUAUCAUCCACAAAUGGACCUUAUGCUCAUGUUCUGUAGUCCAGAUAUGACUUGGUUGUUAAUUGUUGCAAAGUGCAUUGCAAAGGCAACUAACCCAUGAAUGAGUUAAAUUUACAACCUACCUAAUCUACUGAUGAUUUAUACAUUAGUGAAAUAAUUUGGAAUCAAAUUAAAUCCAUGUUUCUGGUUUAAAACUGCUUUUGCCUAGAAGGGUGAACUAUACCCUACUGUUACCAACAUUUGGAGAAGUUAUGAAAUCUUGUUUACAUAAGUAUGCAAAUAAUCAGUUUCCACUUUAAUGUAAUGAAUUCUGUACAGUUUUGUUAUGAAAUACCUGUGGGUUUAGUAUUUUAUGAAAUAAAUGUGCUUUAAAAA